AUGUCAAUUACUGGGUCCUACCUUGUAAUUACCUGCCGGCUCCCGGUGAUUACCGAGCAUCUCCGAUGGGGAGGAAGAUUGUUUUGUUUACAAACAAUCUUUCUCCCUGUCAGCUCGAGCACACUGCUCGGGAUGGCUGUGCACAGUACAGCCAUCCCGAUCAGUGUGCUUACAGUGAAGAACACACACCCCACCUCCUAGUAAAACACUCCCAGCACACAGUUAACCCUUUGAUCACCCCUCACAUUAACCCCUUCCUGCCUAGUUGCCAUUAGUACAGUGUCAGUGCUUUUUAUUAGCACUGAUAACUGUAUUGGUGUCACUGAGGAUGACAGUGACACCAAGUCAGUUCCCCCUAGCGUCAGAAUGCCUGCCGCAGAUCCGCUA